AUGAAUUUGACCUUUAGCCUCCUCCUCACGACAACGACAACACCACCCGUCAAGCCCAUACUAACCAUCAGCACAAUGGCCGGCUCCACCGUACCCACCAAGAACGACAUCGCUGUCCCCGAGUCGAUUCUCAAGAAGCAGAAGGCCAGCGCAAAGGCCAACGAGUCCCGCGCUGCCGAUCUCAAGAAGAAGCGAGAGGCCAACAAGAAGAAGCGCGCCGUCAUCUCUGAGCGCGCUCAGAAGUACACCGCCGAAUACCGCAAGGCCGAGCGUGAUGUCGUCGAGGCUAAGCGCAAGGCCAAGCAGAACGACUCUUUCUACGUUCCUGCUGAGCCCAAGCUCGCUUUCGUUGUCCGUAUCAAGGGUAUGAACAAGAUUGACCCCAAGAAGCGCAAGACCCUCCAGUUGCUCCGUCUCCUCCAGAUCAACAACGGUGUCUUCGUUAAGCUCACCAAGGCUACCAGCGAGAUGCUGAAGAUCGUCGAGCCCUUCGUUGCCUACGGAUACCCCAACCUCAAGACCGUCCGCGAGCUCGUCUACAAGCGUGGCUACGGAAAGGUCAACAAGCAGCGCCUCCCUCUCUCCGAGAACGAGGUCAUCGAGCAGAACCUUGGCCAAUUCGGCAUCGUCUGCAUUGAGGAUCUCAUCCACGAGAUCUACACCGUCGGCCCCAACUUCAAGCAGGCCUCCAACUUCCUCUGGCCCUUCAAGCUUUCCAACCCCACUGGUGGUUUCCGUCCCCGCAAGUUCAAGCACUUCAUCGAGGGUGGUGAUCUUGGCAACCGUGAGCACUUCAUCAACCAAUUGGUCCGCCAAAUGAACUAGAUUAUUGGUUGAUAUUUGAUGAUCAUAAGAUAUCAUGAGGGCUAUUCGGAGGAGACCAGCUGCGAGUGUUGCACAGGAAAGGAAAAAUUCCGUGCCAACU